ACGCAUAAUUAGGUGUGGCUUAUAGGGCUAUCAUGGAAAGUUGUAGAAGAAGAAAGCAAGCUCUCAAAGAAAAGUACUUAAAGAAAGCACAGGAUCUCAUAUCAAAGAAGAAAUAUGAAAAGUACAAGGUAACUGAUGUCUCCUGGAGUGACCCACUGAUCACCAGUACACCUUUGAUUACAAGAACACGGUCCACUUUACCUUCCUCUCUUCGCCUCUCUCCUCAUCGGGACAUUAGUGAACUUCAACGAGUGAUAGAAGAUCAAAACAAGGCCAUGAAAGAACUGAAGAGAUUACUAUUAGCGUCAGUGGGCGGUGAAAUGGGCACAGAGAUAGAGACGCUAAUACGGGAUAAGGUGACUUUAGAAAGCAAGUUAAAUCACUCAAUAACGGAGCUAAUGGAGAUGAACGAGGAAAUCGAGGGACUUACGAUCGAAUGUGAUGUAUGGAAAUGUAAGGUACUUGCUAGUAGGCUACUCAUUGACGAAUUGAGAGAAUGGAAGGGGAAUCAUUAUCACCUAUCAGUCAAUACAUUACAGACAUUGAUAGAUGAAAGGGAUCAGCUAACGAACCAUAUCAAAGCGAUACACCAACUUGUCAAUAACAUUAGUAGAAAAUUAAUGAGUACUAGCUCGACAGCCAAUAGCACUGCUAGUGGGAUAAAAAUAGCAACAGUGACUCCUGUACAGUUACAGCCUAUACAUCAAGGGUGCAACGUAUUAGAAUUGGCUAAAAACACUAGCGUUGCAGUUCAAAUGAUUUCCGAUAAAAUAAGUGCAAGGCACGAAGCCACGCCCAUGCCCUCGUUGCUAUCUCUUAAUACGUCACUCACUGAAGGGGAAAAAUUAGCUCAUAAACUAUUGUAUCCAGUGCCAAAGGAGACAACGCCCACCAGUAGAGGCCUGCCACACCUCUCAUUCAGUGAAAAGACACUAAUGGAACAACGGAAGCAUCAACAAGCACGGACGCUACCAUGGACCGAUGGUCACCAUGAUGGCAAUCAUGACAUCGCUAAUAACAAUUCUUAUUAUUUUUGUAAUAAGUGUUAUGGAAGGGCAAUCAUGAUUAUUUAAACAAAAGGUGAAUACCCAUGUAUACAGUAGUAUCUUUUAAAGUGUCUAUGAGUUUAUGACAGUGCAACUAAA